UAUUAUAUGUACCCAGAAUAUUGUGUUGCUCAAAGACAAUAACCCUACCCUUUACAUAAAAUUACUCAAUCAUAUAACCCAGUCGUGUAGAAUGAACCAAGACCACGAUAACCUAAUGAAAAUCCAAAAGAUUAUAUGAUCACAGCAUACACUUCCAUUAAUCAUGUUAUUGAUAUCUCUCCCACAUCCUCCAUCUAUAGAUUGGAUCCUUUUGCCAAAUAUUUGUGUUGUUGGACUAAUGCUGUUGGUCCUGAAGAAGUUAGUGCUAUACAAGAAAGAACUAAAUGGAAACACCCAAAUCUAGUCUCUUUUCUCUUCUUUGAAGAAUAAAGUGACAAAUUUAGUCAAAGUAGGCAACUCAAAAUCUUCUAUGAAUACCUUCCUUUGGAUAUUAAAUAAUUAAUUGAGAAAAGAUCAAAAACAUAGGAAUAUGUACCUGAGGAAGAAAUAUGGAAAAUGAUUUCUGGAUUAUGUGAGGCUUUUUUAUUUCUCCAAAAAAGGGGAAUCACUCAUUCUGCCUUGACAUUAGAAUCAGUUUACUUUGAUGAAGAAUAUUUACUUUAUAGAAUUUAAGAUGUAAGUCCUUUCAGAGCUAGAGCACCUCAUUUAUUUGAAAAUUAAUUCAAAUCACCAGAAUCAGAAGGUAAUCUUAGAGUAAAUAGAUUUAAGUAGGAUGUAUUUGGAUUAGGGUAAAUAAUUAUUUUUAUAUCUAUUAGUAUGAUCAUAUUAUCUCUAUGUCUUCUAAAAAACUGUGAUUAUCUCUUUGAAACAGGAGGUAUAAGUGUUAUUUCUUUAAACGAUUGUUUUGAUUAAUUGAGAACACUAUAUCCUGGGAGAGUUGAUUAAAUACUCAAAAAAAUGCUUCUCAUUGAUUUUAAUUAAAGACCAGAUUGGUUAGAGAUGUAAUAAUUAUUAGGCAAUUUAAAGGACAUGCAAUUUACUAAUUUAGAUCUUGGUUUGUCUAAUAAAUCAUCAAUUUUGAAUUCAUCAUUUUAGUUACAAUAAUAGUUACAAUAACAAUAAUAGCAAUAAGCAUAUAAAGCCUAUGACUAAAUAACAUUAAGUUAAGAAAAUAGGGAUAUUGUUAAUAAUAAUAAUAAUAAUAAAUUUACAAGUUCUAUCAAUAAUAAUACUACAAUUAAGACUACUGAUUCAGUUGACUAAAAACUUAUUAAUUUAAAUAAAAGAAUUCAAGAAACUUUAUCAAAAAGCUUAAACAAAAAUAUUAGAUGA